AUGUUUGCCACGCAGCGCAAGUGUGACCUGGUGGAGCUGUGCCGGCGGAGAGGGCUGCACAGUGGGAAGCUCACCAAGGCCCAGCUGAUUGCCCAGCUGAAGGACGCAGAUCGUGGGGAGGAGGAGGAGGAGCCCAGCUACCGAGGGCACCUUGACCCCAUCGGCCAGCAGGGGAUCGGCCCAGCGAAGCUCACCCCCCAGCCGGGGAUCGUCCCACCGACGCUCGGCCUCUGUGGAGCGCAGGCGGCUGGACUUGGAGAGAGAGAUAAAACUGAGACAGCUGGAGGAGUAUUGCAGUUUGCCCCCGCGGGGCCGUCCUACGCCCCGGGUGACUCGGUGACGCUGAACUGCUCUGAGGGGUAUCGGCCGUCACCGCCUGUGAUCCAAUGUGUCAGAAAUGGGAGCCAGGCUGUUUGGAGUGAGACACCCACCUGCCGGGGGGUUUGUACGACGGCAGGAAACUGGCCCCCAUCGGUCUCUGCUGCCUCCCCACGGACAGAGUUUGCCAUUGGCGAGAAGGUUCGGGUGACCUGUCGCCGGGAGCAGUACGAGGGGCGCCCGGCCUGGGUGCGAUGCACGGAGACGGCUGGGCGCGUGGAGUGGGACACGAGCCGUGUGAGCUGUGUGGAAAAGUGUAAAGCUCCAGACACCCGGGACUCCAGGGUCCGGUUCGCCCUCGAGCAGCAGUUUUACAGCCCAGGGGACUCGGUGACAUGGAGCUGCCCUGCGGGGCACCGGCCCUCGCAGCCUGACAUCCGAUGCACUAGACAGGGGAACCAGAGUGUCUGGAGUGGGACAGCCGCCUGCACUGGGGUUUGUAUGAGGGCAGGAAACUGGCCCCCGUCGGUCUCUGCUGCCUCCACACAGACAGAGUUUGCCGUUGGCGAGAAGGUUUGGGUGACCUGUCGCCAGGAGCAGUACGAGGGGCGCCCGGGUUACAUGCGAUGCACGGAGACGGCUGGGCGCGUGGAGUGGGACAUGGGCUAUGUGAGCUGUGUGGAGAAAUGCCCCAGGCCCCAGUGGGACCCCAGACUCCGGUUCGUGCCAGACCAGUUGUUAUAUGGCUGGACUGAAGAGACGACGCUGAGCUGCCCUGAGGGGUUCCAGGCUUCGCUCUCUGUGAUCAGAUGUGUGAGAUGGGGUCAGACCCAGAGUCACUGGUCUGUGUGGGACUGGGGCGCCUGGCGCCGUAUCACCGAGAACGUUACCUGUGCAGAGACCCCCCGGAUCACCCCAGGGGCCCUGGAGAUUUCACCCACCACCAUCAAACUGCGCUGGACGUGUGAGCCCCCCGAAUCCUGCCAGGGCAGCUGGAAGAUACAGGCCCAAUGCCGGCAGGACGGACCCCUGUCAGGCCCCUGCCGGAGACAAGAGCUCACCAGCGAGCAGCCGUUACAGGGACGGGACGGAACAGUAACGUGCAGCUCCCUGCACCCUUUCACCUCCUACAGAGUCACCAUCUCUGGGGGCUACCCAGCGACCAGACCACCCAGCACUGUCCUCAGUAGCCAGCGGGUCAACACGAGUGAAGCAGCCCCAGACCAACCAGAGAUCGAGCCGCUGGAUCCCAGCACCAAAACCCUCAGGUGGAAGCAGCUGCCGCCCUGCAAAGGGGCGAUCGUCGGGUACCAGCUGAACAUCACAGCCUGGAGAGAGUACGACAGCGAUUUCCUCGAGGUCGAGGAGCUGCGGGUGAAUCAGUCGGUCACCAAGUACCUGCUGCAGCCCUGGAGACACGGGACCAACUACACGGUGACAAUCCAGGGCCUCACGGCGGCCGGCCUUGGGCAGGCAUCGCGCUGGGACUUUGAAACCAACAUCUCUGGUGGUGACCAGGCUCCGUCUCCAGCCAGGCCUCAGCCUCUCGUUCCUCCCAUCACAGGCACGUGCAGGAGGGAGGGAGUCUGGACCACGAAGGUGAAGUUUCCCUCCGAGCAGACGGAGUUUCGGGUGAAUGACACGGUGCUGGUGACGUGCGCCGAGGAGCCUGAACCCGGCCCGUUCCCUGCAAAGUGCACCGAGCUGAAGGACCGCGGGGCAGUCUGGGAUAUCAGUGGAGUCAAGUGUCUCAGGAUGUGCAAUGACUGGGUGAGGCAGGUGGAUUUUGACCCUGCACAGACGGAGUUCGGCGUCGGGGCCGAGGGUCGGGUGACCUGUCAUCAGCAGUUCCAGCAGAACUCGUUCCGUGUGACCUGCAGAGAGACGGAGCCAGGACUCUUCGAGUGGGAUUGGGGUGCACACCAGUGUGUCAGAAAAUGUGAAAUACCCAGAACCUGGGACUCCAGAUUGAAGUUUGCCCCUAAGAGGCAGUUCUACACCCCGGGUGACUUGGUGACGCUGAGCUGCUCUGAGGGGUAUCAGCCGUCACCACCUGUGAUUGUGUGUGCCAGAAAUGGGAGCCAGCCUGUCUGGAGUGAGACACCCACCUGCCAGCAGGGAGCAGCACAGACCAGGAACACCGUUCUCCCCACGGCCCAGGGGGCUGACUGGUCUGCACUCGCCCUCCCCACGGCGGCCCUGAGCGUGUGCACGGAGUAA